CUUUUCAAUAGUCAUAGAAAUGCAUUGAUGUAGUUGAAAUUGUAAAUAUUACACUGCAAAAUAAUUAAUUUAUUAAAGUAUAUGAUUGUAAUAUGUUAGCUUAACCACUAUAUAUGAAACUAAAUGUGUCAAUCUAACCACACAAUCUGUAUCUGACACAUAAUGUGUGUGCCUAACCACCAAUCUGAAACCGAAACCGACUGUAAUAUUAGGAGUCCUAUGUAGGUUCACAUAUUGUAACAUGUACUAACACCCCUCUGAAAUUAGUUUCCAUAUAUACAGUAGUAGUCUGUUCAAAACCUGAUGGACAAAGAAUGGACAAAAUCCGCUAGAGAGAGUGAAGAGUAUGAAAUUGGUCUUAAUUAUUUUCUAGACUACGCAUACACCAAAGGAAAACCCCGUGGAAAAGAGAUUUUGUGCCCUUGUGCUACAUGUUACAACAGCAGAUGGUUUACAAGGAAUGCAGUACGAAAUCAUUUAAUAGCAUUUGGGUUUCAAAAAGGAUAUGAUGUUUGGGUUCGUCAUGGUGAGAAGAUACGGAAACCCAAUGAUGUUAAUGAUAAUCAUAUGAAUGAUGCAAAUGAUCAAGUUGACGAUAUUGAUGGACUGUUGUCUGAAAGAUUCAGAGGUGUCGCACAAGAAGACUACAGAGUUAAUGAAGGCCCCAACGAAGAUGCAAAAAAGUUUUAUAAUCUAAUCGAAGAAUCCAAACAAGAGUUGUAUCCGGGUUGCAAAACAUUCUCUAAAUUGUCGUUCAUCAUUCGGCUAUAUUUAUUGAAGUGUCUUUAUGGUUGGAGCAAUACAUCAUUCAAUGCACUCUUAGAGUUGUUGAGAGAAGCUAUGCCUUUUUUGAACAUCCCUGAUACGUUCAAUAAAACUAAAAGCAUGAUAAAGGACUUGGGGAUGGAUUAUAAAAAGAUUGAUGCUUGCCCUAAUGAUUGCAUGAUCUAUUGGAAAGAUCAUGAGAAUGAUACUUCUUGCCAUGUUUGUGGUGCUCCACGGUGGAUUGAAAAUGAAGAAAAUCAUGAGGUUGAAAAAAAUCAUAAAUCUCAUAAAGUUUCGGCGAAAGUUUUGAGACACUUUCCCUUGAUUCCGAGACUUCAACGGUUGUUCAUGUGUUCAAAGACGGCUAGCUUAUUAAGUUGGCAUGACAGAGAUCGUUUAGAUGAUGGGAAGUUGAGGCAUCCUGCAGAUGGAGAGGCAUGGAAAGAAUUUGAUAAAUGUCAUCCUGAAUUUUCUGUUGAGGUGCGUAAUAUAAGACUUGGAUUGGCGAGCGACGGAUUUAAUCCCUUUAGAACCAUGAAUGUUAAUUAUUCUACUUGGCCAGUGGUUUUAAUGCCAUAUAACUUUCCACCUUGGAUGUGCAUGAAGGCUGAGUAUUUUAUGUUGUCCUUAUUAAUUCCUGGACGAAAGUCACCAGGUAAUGACAUUGAUGUGUACCUCCAACCAUUGAUUGAAGAGUUGAAAUUGUUAUGGGAUUUGGGAGUAGAAACAUAUGAUGCUUCAAUAAAUAAAACUUUCCAAAUGAGGGCAGCUCUCUUGUGGACAAUUAGUGACUUUCCCGGGUAUGCUAUGUUGAGUGGGUGGAGUACAAAAGGGAGCCUAGCAUGUCCUUGCUGUAACUAUAAAACUAAAUCGAUAUAUUUGAAGAAUAGCCAUAAAACAUGUUAUAUGGAUCAUCGUGUUUUUGCCCAUGGAUCAUAAAUAUAGAUCAAAUGCUAGGAGUUUCAAUGGGAAAAAAGAACAUAGGCCACCACCAGAAUUGUUAAAUGGGGAACAAAUCUUGGAUAAGUUAAAGAACUUCAACAAUGCUUUUGGUAAGUUGCAAAAGAAUUGCAGUGAUGGUCCAUGGAAGAAAAAAUCAAUAUUUUUUGAGUUACCAUAUUGGAAGCACAAUACUUUACGCCAUAAUCUUGAUGUCAUGCACAUAGAGAAAAACAUAUUUGAUAGUAUAAUUGGGACUUUGUUGGAUAUCACGGGAAAGACAAAAGAUCAUGCAAAAGCACGUUUAGACUUACAAGAGAUGGGUAUUAGAAAGAAACUUCACCCAAAAGAGGUAGAUCACGGCAAGAAGCUAGUGUUUGCAAAAGCUUGCUUUUCCAUGAGUGCAGAUGAGAAAACUACUUUUUGUUCUGUAUUGAAAAAUGCAAAAAUACCAGAUGGGUGUGCUUCAAACAUUUCAAGAUGUGUUCUCCUUCCUGAAAGAAAACUUAGCGGAUAUAAGACUCAUGAUGCACAUUUCAUGAUGCAUUACUUACUUCAAGUAGCUGUGAGAUGUACGACGUCGAACCAGGUUGCACACCCGUUAAUUCGUCUUUGUUCCUUUUUUCGUUGUUUAUGUCAAAAGGUGAUUGAGGUUGAAGAUUUAGAUAUCUUGCAAUCUGAGAUUGCAGAAACACUUUGCCAGUUAGAAACAAUUUUCCCCCCGAGUUUUUUUGACAGUAUGGUUCAUUUGCCAAUACAUCUAGUGAAUGAGGUAAGAAUGGGAGGACCUGUUCAAUUUCGGUGGAUGUACUCUACUGAAAGAUAUCUAGGAAAAUUAAAGGGUUAUGUUCGGAAUAAAAGUCGUCCUGAGGGUUCUAUUGCUGAGGGUUAUGUUGUUAAUGAAUGCUUGACAUUGUGCUCGCGAUAUUUACAUAGUGGUGUUGAAACAAGGUUUAGCAGAAUGCCAAGGAAUAUCGAUAAGUGUCAUCCUGAUGAACUUGGAAGUCCAAUUUCUUUUUCUAGAAUUGGUCAUCCUAUAGGAGGAAAGAAAAAAGGUGGAGCAAUUUCUUUGGAUUGCAAGUCAAGGAGUCAAGCUCAUCGUUACAUCUUAUUCAAUCAUGACGAUGUCCAAAAAUUUAUACGUGAGCAUGAAAAUGAAAAUCCCAGAAAAAGAAAGGGGUGGAACAAAUCAAAGAGUCAAGGUUUGGAUUUUGUUGAAUGGUUUAAGAAGCGUGCUUUGUUAAGCGAUGUAUCUGACAUCCUUAGGAAGCUAUCCAGAGGACCAAAUAGAAUUGCACGAAGUUUUUCUGGCUAUGUAAACGGAUAUAGGUUCCAUACGAAACAACGUGAUGCUAGACUUAAAACACAAAACAGCGGUGUGACAUUAGCGGCAAUAACGGAAAGUUUUGCUAGUACCAAAGAUGAAAAUCCAAUAACACAGUCAGUAAUUUACUAUGGAUUAAUUACUGAAAUAGUUGAGGUAGACUAUUAUGGUAGGUUGAAGUUUGUGUUAUUUAGAUGUGAUUGGUUUGAAGCAGAAGAGGAAAAGUUUGGGUUGACUUGUGUUUAUUUCAACAAGAGAUGUUACAUGGAUGACCCUUUUGUAUUGGCUUCUCAAGUCCACCAAUGUUUCUACGUUGACGAUCCUUCAGAUGCAAAUAGACACUAUGUCGUGAAGUCUGUUCAAAGGGAGUUUUUAAACAUUGAAGAUCCUCCAGAGCAUGCAGUAAAUCUAUCUUCAAGCACUGAAACUUGUGAAGUUGAAUUGGUUAGGAAUGACAUUCCACCAACAAUUACUGACAAACCUGCACCCGUGUCAGAUGAAAUAGAAUCUGAUGAUGACUAUAAUGCAUGAUAAAUUGUCUAGGUUCUAUAUAGUGUGAUUUAGUUUUAUAUUUCAGUUGUUAUUUAUACAUUAUAAAUGGAUCCAACAUAUGAAGAAAAUUUUAUUAUCUGUUUUCUAAUGAUGAUUUUGAUAUAUAUCAUAGAGAUUUGUAUUUAAUAUACCCUGUAAAGAAAAAAGUUUUUGUGAUGC